CUGUCCCUUCCUGGCGUCCAACCUGACCCCGGCCAUCCCUGCGGUGGGCGGCGUCCUCUUCAUCUUCGUGAUGGGGAUGCUCUUCAGGGCGAGUUUCACCGACCCUGGCGUCCUUCCUCGAGCGACGCCGGAUGAGGCCGCCGACUUGGAGAGACAAAUCGACGCGACGGGCUGCUCCAGACCGCCCCCUCGCACCAGAGAGGUUCUGAUCAACGGGCAGACGGUCAAACUGAAAUACUGCUUCACCUGCAAGAUCUUCAGACCGCCGCGAGCGUCGCACUGCAGCCUUUGUGACAACUGUGUGGAGCGUUUCGACCAUCACUGUCCCUGGGUUGGGAACUGCGUCGGCCGGAGGAACUACCGCUUCUUCUACCUGUUCAUCCUCUCGCUCUCCUUCCUCACCAUCUUCAUCUUCGCCUUCGUCAUCACACACGUCAUCCUCAGAUCGAACAGAACAGGUUUCCUGAGCGCGCUCAAAGACAGCCCGGCCAGCGUCCUGGAGGUGGUCGUGUGCUUCUUCUCCGUGUGGUCGAUCGUCGGCCUGUCGGGGUUUCACACCUACCUGAUCAGCUCCAACCAGACCACCAACGAGGACAUUAAAGGUUCCUGGUCCACCAAGCGAGGGAAGGACAACUACAACCCGUACAGCUACGGGAACAUCCUGACCAACUGCUGUGCUGCUCUGUGUGGACCCCUACCCCCCAGUUUGAUCAACAGGCGAGGUCUGAUCCAGUCCGACACGCCACAGCCCGCCCCCCAGACCAACGGGACCAGUGGCGGUGGCAGCUACGCCUCCACGCAGCUCCACAGCCGCAUGUGCGAUCAGGAUCAGUGCAUCCAGAGCACAAAGUUCGUCCUGCAGGCCGCGGCCACCCCUCUGCUCUACAGCGACCCCGUGGUCAUGGCCCCCCCUCUCCCGGGGAAGACCACCACCCUGGGGGGCCCCUGCGCCUACCUGGCACCCUCCCAGCCCUCCCUGCCGUCCUGCGGAGGAGACGUCCUUACCCUGAGGGACGCCGCCGCCGACUCCCACUGCCACCACCACCUCUACCAUCACCACCAUCACCUCCACCACCACUUUGUCAGCCCAGAGGAGACGCCAUGCAGCACGCCGCAGGGUGCCCUUCCCUGCCCCGCCCACCUGCACCUCCACUCACACCCACACCCGCCUGUCCCCUCCCCCUCCGCCCUCUACAACCCGGCCAGUCAGGACGCCCUGCACGAGGACUCGGUCAGGGGACUCGUCAAACUCAGCUCUGUCUGAACCAAACUCACAACAUCGUACAUAAAAGUGUUUCCUCAUUCAAGUCACGUGACGGAAACUCGACAAAUCAGAGUCACUCGCUGCAGUUAGGAAGUCGGUUUUAAAAUUUCUGGAAAACAACUUUUUAUAAAAGGAAAGUCACAGAAGAUACGACCCUCCUCUAUUAGAAACUUUAAAUUAGGUUGAGUUUGAACCCUCUGGAGUCCAGAUUGAAUGUUUUCAAACUUUAUCUUCAUUUUUAUUUUUUAGCUCGUUAGCAUGAUGCAUGGUGUCAUUUUAAUCAAAAGAAACUCAACUCCAACUCAAAACCUUAAUGCAACAUAUUAAUUACGCUGAUACGUAGCUGAUACAUGGCGUUUCAUCUCACUGUAUCAUAGCGUUGUGUAAGCAGGAACAUUACACUCCGGUUUCCAUCCAGUAAUUUAAAACGUUUGCUUACAAAAAAUAAUUGAUCCUGAUAAAACCAGAUUUCUGCAAAGUGUUUAUUGCCAAAGGUCAUAUCUCAAAAUUGCGAUAAAUUAUAGAGCGUCAACAAAAUGAAGCCGAUGCUGAAGUGUAAAAUCCUGCAGUUCUGGAGUGUCCACUAGAGGCUGGCUGCAGAAGCACAGGA